AUGAAUAACACAAACCGUCGCGUCGGAAACGCCAUUGCAACUCCCACCAAUGCUCUCCCUGGUACCAAUGCUGCCACCCCCACCAACGCUCUCCCUGGUACCAAUGCUGCCACUCCCACUCGCCGCUUUGCACCAGCCAACCGUGCAGCGGUGGCUAACAAUAUGGUCGAAACUUUAGAGGCCAUGAACUACCGACUUCUCAACCUCGAGGCUCUGCAUCGUAAUGUUCAAGCUCCUGUGCGAUUUGGUAACGCUGCCGGUGGGCAUGAUGCCGAACAGUCUGUUAGAGCAUCCCAAGCAGUUGAUUAA